UGGGAGACAGCAAGCUGAAUAGUGGAAUCCUGGGGGCCAGUGUGGCCAACCUGUCAAUCAAGUCUCUGCAGGAGGACGUGGUCAUCACCCUGAGAAACACUGAACCUGUCUUAGCACAUUUCGUGGUGGCAUGUGUUUUCUGGGACUUUGGCAUGAAUGGUAAGCGUUCCGCUUGUGUCAAAUCAACAUCAACUGUUGUGGUGAACAGCAGCUGGAGACUAACAGUGAAACGCUAACUUGCGGGUCCUUUUCCACCAACGCAGAGUUAAAGGUACAAAAUAGAAAAUAGAAAUAGUGAGACGAGAAACAAAUGGACGGUGAAUAACGAAUCACAAUCAACAUUUCAAAUGACAUGGCUAUGUACAGGGAGUACCAGUUGGUACCGAGUCAAUGUGCAGGGGUACAAGGGGAUUGAGGUAGCUAUGUACAUAUAGGUAAGGGUAAAGUGACUGGGCAACAGGAUUAGAUAAUAGACUGAGCUGUAGCAGCCGCAUAUGUCGAGAGUGUGAAAGUCUAUAUGUGUGUGAGUGUGUGUGUGUGUGUGGCAUCAGUAUGCAUGUGCGCGCAUGUUAUGGAUGUGCGGGUGUAUGUGUGUGUUGGUGUGUUAGUGUAAGUAUGUGUGAGCGUGUGGGUAGAGGCCAGUGUUGGUGCAUAGGGUCAGUUCAAGAGAGUUAGUUAAAAUAAGGGUCAAUGCAGGUUGUUCUGGUUGCCAUUUGAUGAGCUAUUUAGCGGCCUUGUUUAGCAGUCUUAUGGCUUUGGGGGGGUAGAAGCUGUUCAGGGUCCUGUUGGUUCCAAACUCGGUGCACUAGUACCGCUUGUCUUGCGGUAGCAGAGAGAACAGUAUGACUUGGGUGACUGGAGUCUUUGCAAAAAAUGUUUGGCCUUCCUCUGACACCGCCUGGUAUAGAGGUCCUGGAUGGCAGGGAGCUCGAGCCCAGUGAUGCAUGAAACGAAGGCUACCUCUUAAAAUGAAUAGAAUUGUUUUAAAAAAAAAAUCUGAUAGAUGGCUCAGGAGGCUGGAACCGGGAUGGCUGCUCUGUCAGGAACAGCACAGAUAAUGAGACUGUCUGUGUCUGCAACCAUCUCACCUGCUUCGGUGUUCUACUGGACAUGUCCAGAACGGGCAUAACCAGUUGUCUCCAGGCCACAAUCCUCACCUACAUCACCUACAUUGGCUGUGGUAUCUCCGCCAUCUUCCUCUCCAUCACUCUGCUCACCUACCUGGCAUUUGGGAAACUGCGUAAGGACAUGCCAUCUAAGAUCCUGAUCCAGCUGUGUGUGGCUCUGUUGUUUUUGAACCUGGUGUUCCUGGUGGAUGGUUGGCUGGCCCUCUACCCUGACGCUGUGGGCCUCUGCAUCUCCACCGCCUGGUUCCUGCACUACUUCCUGCUGGCUUCCUUCACCUGGAUGGGCCUGGAGGCCGUCCACAUGUACCUGGCCCUCGUCAAGGUCUUCAACACAUACAUACCACGUUACAUGCUCAAGUUCUCGCUCCUUGGCUGGGGAACUCCACUCCUUGUGGUCAUUGUCGUCAUUGCUGUUGACGAGGACAACUACGGACUAGUUGGCUACGGAAAGUACGUAGAUGGCUCCCGCACAGAUGACUUCUGCUGGCUGAAGAACGACAUUGCCUUCUACGUAACCGUUGUGGCUUAUUUCUGUGUCAUCUUCCUGAUGAAUCUCGUCAUGUUUGCGGUAGUGAUGGUUCAGCUGUGUCGGAUAAAGAGGCAGAACCCCGACAACAAGAAGCACCGUAACGGGCUGCAGGACCUGCGCAGUGUGGUUGGAGUCACAGUACUCCUGGGUCUCACCUGGGGCUUUGCCUUCUUCGCCUGGGGGCCCGUCAACCUGCCCUUCAUGUACCUCUUUUGCAUCUUCAACUCCUUUCAAGGGUUCUUCAUCUUUGUGUUCCACUGCGCUGUGAAGGAGAACGUGAGGAGGCAGUGGAGGACUUAUCUCUGCUGUGGUAGACUGAGACUGGCGGAGAACUCAGAGUGGAGCCGCACCGCAACACAGAAGACAGGGAAGAAGUCAUUGCCAGUGACCAGAGCCACUUCCCUCCACUCCGACAACUCCUCCCAGUUCAACAAUUCCUCCAUCUUCUCCUUCUUGUCCAAUGACUCCUCAGAGCGACCCAGUGGAGGAAUAGGUAGUCCAUUUGAUGACAGAUCCAUCACUGCCCUGGAAGAGCCCAACUCAGACGUGGUCCUCAACGAGAUAAACAGCCAGUUUAGGAGUCCGAGUUCGAGAGCACCCUGACACCUGUGAAAAACUAGGGGCUCUAUUCAAUCUGUAUCACGAAGAUCACUUUACAGAUUGUGCAAUAGAAAUAUCAAAGUCAUUUCCGAUUGCGCCGACAUAUGUUCACCGUGAAUGCCGUCUUGGUUAACAUGGGAACGUUGCCUUUAAAUUUCAAUCACGCUCUAACGCUAAACUUCUGCGAUAUGGAUGGCGGAGGCCUCCGGGUAGGCUGGUGGGGGAGGGACACGGUGUGACACGGUGUGUUUCAUAAUAGUUUUGAAGAAUAUAUGAAAUAGUUGCAUGUUAGUGUUACAUUUUGUAGUAUAACGGAAAGGUGUGACAGAUCACCCUGAAGAGAUGGGACAUCACCAAAGAGCUUGCAUGCUCAUGGAUUCCAUCUGGUUGACCUGGCAAUACUAUCAUGAACUCGCCUGGGCUGGCACCUAUGAUUGUGAAUAAUGCAUGUACUGAAAGGGUAUCUAGCACAGAGAAAACCCCCACUCAUAGAUCCUCAUGAGGCGCAUCCUUUGACCGCAUUUUACAUACUUAAUUUUUUUCUCUGCAUUCUUCAGACCCGUAAGUUAAAUGAAGGUUAAAUUUAAAAAAUUGACAAAAAUAAGCUAAUACCAACACUGUGUCGCUAUCUGUUUUCAUCUUUUAGAUUUAGCUCUUUUAUACUCUAUUCAGAAUCAAGAUAUUUUCAUGAGAUGUACAGUACCAGUCAAAGUUUGGACACACCUACUCA